AUGCAUUGUGGGCCUCCCGACAUGGUCUGCGAGACGAAGAUCGUGGCCGCGGAGGACCAUGAGGCGCUGCCGGGGGCCAAGAAGGACGCGCUGCUCGCCGCCGCCGGCGCCAUGUGGCCCCCGCUGCCCGCCGCGCCCGGGCCGGCCGCCGCGCCCCCACCCGCGCCGGGCCCCCAGCCCCGCGGCGGUCCCGAGGGCGUGGGGCCGCCGGCGGGGCGCGGCGUGUGCAUCCGCGAGUUCCGCGCAGCCGAGCAGGAGGCGGCGCGCCGCAUCUUCUACGACGGCAUCCUGGAGCGCAUCCCCAACACGGCCUUCCGCGGCCUGCGGCAGCACCCGCGCACGCAGCUGCUCUACGCCCUGCUGGCCGCACUCUGCUUUGCUGUGACCCGCUCGCUGAUGCUGACGUGCCUGGUGCCUGCUGGGCUGCUGGCCCUGCGCUAUUACUACAGCCGCAAGGUGAUCCUGGCCUACCUGGAGUGUGCGCUGCACACAGACAUGGCCGACAUCGAACAGUACUACAUGAAGCCACCUGGCUCCUGCUUCUGGGUGGCCGUUCUGGAUGGCAACGUGGUGGGCAUUGUGGCUGCACGGGCCCACGAGGAGGACAACACAGUGGAGCUGCUGCGGAUGUCUGUGGACUCGCGCUUCCGUGGCAAGGGCAUCGCCAAGGCGCUGGGCCGGAAGGUGCUCGAGUUCGCAGUGUUGCACAACUACUCCGCGGUGGUGUUGGGCACCACAGCCGUCAAGGUGGCUGCCCACAAGCUCUAUGAGUCGCUGGGCUUCAGACACAUGGGUGCAAGUGACCACUACGUGCUGCCUGGCAUGACCCUCUCGCUGGCCGAGCGCCUCUUCUUCCAGGUCCGCUACCACCGCUACCGCCUGCAGCUGCGCGAGGAGUGACCGCAACCGCCCACCCGCCCGCCACCCCGUUCACCCUGUCCACCUGUGCCCGCUGCCCGCCGCCUGGUGCGGCCCUGCUUUCAGACGCUCACCUUGGCAUCUGUGUUGGGUUUUCCUUUCUCAGCGUCUCGUAGUUAUCUGGCUGGUUCUGGGGGCCUUGGGGCUGUUGCUCAUCCGUGACACUUUGGUGGGGUGGGUUAUCUGCAGCCAUGGCCCCUUGCCCUCCCCAGCCUGUCAGGGUGACUUGCCACUCCUUGAAGAGUGGCAUCGUGGACCACCUAGACUGUCCACCCAGCUGCCUAGCCUGCCUCCGUCAGGGAAGGCCUGGCCUUGCCCACCAAGCACAGAACCUCUGCAGCAAAGCCCCCCAAGGAGCAGCCUCCUGGCCCC